GCACUACAUCCUGCAAGAAAACCUACAAGGUAGUUUUUUUAUGAUGCUCUGAAGCCGACACCUAUACUCUUACGCUUAAUGUCUCGAACUCACUCCUUUGUUUCAUAAAGGGCCACUUUCCACCGCCUUCAAAAUUUUGUUUCUAUAUAUUAACGGCCAAAUCAAAACAUAGUUUUUCACUCCUCUCACCACACUCACAAAAAUAUCUCCCACACCCUCCUCAACCACCAUGCUCAUACAAACUACUCUCCCCUUUGCAUGCACUCCAAGAAGUGUUCCCCACCGCAUGCUGCCACCGAAAUGUGUCCUCUCAGUGUCGCCGCCAUCGAAAGCGCGGAGGGCCCACUCAUUGCCGCCGGAAAAGUUAGAGGUUUUCAGGUCGCUGGAAGGGUGGGCUUCGCAGUGUGUCCUUCCGCUGCUGAAACCCGUGGAAAAAAGCUGGCAACCCGAGAGUUUCGUUCCCGAUCCAUCGUUGCCGUUUGAAGAGUUCAUGGAGGAGGUGAAGGCUCUUCGCGAUCGAACGAAGGAGCUAUCUGACGAGUACUUCUUGGUGCUGGUCGGUGACAUGAUUACUGAGGAAGCUCUUCCCACUUACCAGACCAUAAUGAACAGCCUCGACGGCGUGAAAGACGAGUGCGGAACAAGCCCAAGCCCGUGGGCCGUGUGGACUCGGGCCUGGUCCGCGGAAGAGAACAGACAUGGGGAUUUGCUGAGAACAUACUUGUAUCUUUCUGGUCGUGUUAACAUGAACAUGAUUGAAAAGACCAUUCAUUACCUCAUUGCUGCAGGCAUGGACCCUGGUUUUGAGAACAACCCAUAUCUGGGGUACGUAUACACGUCAUUCCAAGAGCGAGCCACGUUCGUGUCACAUGGUAACACUGCAAGGCUCGCAAAGGAGGGUGGUGAUCCUGUGCUGGCGCGCAUAUGCGGAACCAUUGCUGCAGAUGAGAAAAGACACGAGAAAGCGUACUCGAGGAUCGUGGAGAAGCUUCUAGAAGUGGAUCCGACGGGAACAAUGGUGGCAAUAGGAAGCAUGAUGGAGAAAAAGAUCACCAUGCCGGCGCAUCUUAUGUACGAUGGGGAGGACCCCAGGCUAUUCGAGCACUACGCUGCAGUGGCGCAACGUGUGGGAGUGUACACGGUGAAUGACUACGCAGACAUCUUGGAGUUCCUGAUCGGACGGUGGAGAUUGGAGAAGGUGGAGGGUUUGAGAGAGGAGGGAAAGAGGGCACAGGAUUACGUGUGUGGGUUAGCACCGAGGAUUAGGAAGCUGCAAGAACGUGCUGAGGAGCGAGCGCGAAAGAUGAAACCUCGUAGCAUUAAGUUCAGCUGGAUCUUCCAUAAAGAGCUGCAGUUGUGAGAUUUGAGUUGAAACGCUAGCCAUGUGAUGCUUCAAAUUUGACCCAACAACACGAUAUUUAGUUGGUGUGUUCUAUUUAUACUCGUAAUAAAUAGGAAUGAAGAAGUAAGGUCAGUGUUGCUUGUAAUAGACCUCCUUGUAAGAAAAAUUAUCUGUAGUGUUUGAUUUGAAUAAGACUCCUAAGUCAUUAAAGCAUCCCA